AUGUGUAGUCGAGUGUGGUUGUCCGGUUUGGUGGUUUUCGGUGCAGUGCUGGCAUGCAGCCAUGCGAUACAGGUGGUCACGGAGCCGGCCGGUCAGGUGACCGUCGCCGAGGGACAGCAGAAUGUGAACCUGCUCUGUCUCGUCGAGGAACCGGUAGACUUCUGCAUUGUUAAGGUUCCAGGAGCUCCGGCUCCUUUUGCCGCCAGUGAUAAGCUCCCGGCUCCAGUCGAGGGUAUCCGAUUCUACGGACUUGGCUGGUCAAAGGGAUCCUGCGGUAUCACGAUCGACACGAUCAAGGCGUCCCACGAUGGACCGUUCGAGUGUACGGUGUCGGUGCGAGGUCAGACGUACAAGGGCCAGAUCGACAUUACGGUCUCAGGUGAAGCAGUUGCGCCGGAGCCGCCAAAGAUCGAGCUGGCGAGCAACGUGGACAGCAACAACGGUGAAUUUGAGUUCGGCAAGAAGGUGACGAUGCGCUGCGUUUCCCGCAACGGAUGGCCCGGUGCGAAGCUGUCCUGGUAUCUGGAUGGAGUCCAACUGUCCGACGACGUCGGUGCGGAGUUCGCCGAGACGUUUAACCGACGCACGACCGUUCAGCAGACCUAUCGCCGUGCGAUCGCCGUCGAGGACAACCGGAAGCAGGUAACGUGCCGUGCAGAACAUCCAGCCUAUCCUGGCGGAUUCAUGGAGACCAGCUUGCCGAUUAAACUGCGUAAAGUAUACACCAACGACAAACCGGUGGCGCAAAAGGAAGAUCUUAAAGAGCUCGUUAAGCCACGUCCACCUCAGCUGACCGUGUCCAGCGACGUGGAGCAGCGGAACGGGGCGUUUAAGGCGGGCAGCAACCUGGUCGUGCAGUGCGUCUCGAAAGAUGGCAAUCCUCCGGCCGGUUUCCUGUGGUUCCUCAACGAUCAACUGAUCUACGAAGGCCUUUCGGCACCGUUUGUCAGCCGCAACUUCCGGGGCAAUACCGUCCAGCAGACGCUGAUGUACCAGCUGAAGCCGUCCGACCACGGCAAAAAUCUUAUCUGCAAGGCCCGCCACCCCGAGGGAAGUGAAGAGACCCGGUUGAAGAUCAACACGUACAACUAG